AUGUCCAACACGUCUGAGUUCCUGGACAAGGGAGUGGAGCUUGUGAAAAAGGCCAUCGAGGCAGACAGUGCUUCCAGAUAUGAGGAGGCCUACCAGUUGUAUUACAACGGUUUGGACUACCUCAUGCUCGCAUUGAAGUACGAGAAGAGCCAGAAGGCAAAGGAGACCAUAAAGGCGAAGUUCACCGAGUACCUCUCGAGGGCGGAAGAGUUGAAGGAACACGUGGUGAAUAACAACCAGAAGGAUCAGAACGGAGAAGUGAGCUCCACCUCGGGGAACGUGAAGGCGAAAAAGCUAGAUCCGAACUCGUCAUCGAACAACAAGGAGGAAGACACUGACAACAAGAAGCUCAGAGGCCAGUUGGCGAACUCGAUUCUUUCAGAAAAGCCUGACGUGAAAUGGUCGGACAUUGCAGGGUUGGAUGCAGCCAAGGACGCCUUGAAGGAGGCAGUCAUUUUACCGGUGAAGUUCCCACACUUGUUCAAGGGCAAGAGGAAGCCCGUGUCCGGGAUCCUGCUCUAUGGGCCUCCGGGGACAGGUAAAUCCUACUUGGCCAAGGCCGUGGCGACAGAGGCAAACUCGACCUUUUUCUCGGUCUCCUCUUCUGAUCUCGUCAGUAAGUGGAUGGGAGAGUCCGAAAGAUUAGUCAAACAGUUAUUUUCAAUGGCGAGAGAGCAGAAGCCCUCCAUCAUCUUUAUCGAUGAGGUUGACGCACUCUGUGGUCCGAGAGGCGAAGGUGAGAGUGAGGCGUCGAGAAGAAUCAAGACCGAAUUGUUGGUUCAGAUGAACGGUGUCGGCAAUGACGCAGACGGUGUGCUCGUGCUAGGAGCAACCAAUAUACCCUGGCAACUUGAUUCUGCUAUUCGGAGAAGAUUCGAGAGAAGAAUCUACAUUGCGCUACCAGACCCGGAGGCCAGACUAGAGAUGUUCAAGUUGAAUAUAGGCGAGACGCCAUGUACGCUCACGCCACAGGACUACCAUACUUUGGCCAACAUCACGGAGGGGUACUCAGGUCACGAUAUUGCCGUUGUGGUGAAAGAUGCCUUGAUGCAGCCGAUCAGGAAGAUCCAGUCGGCCACCCAUUUCAAAAAGAUUGACACCAUAAACGAGGAAACGGGCGAGAGCCUAGCCCAGUACCAGCCAUGUUCUCCCGGCGAGCCUAGUGGAAUUGAGAUGAACUGGAUGGAGCUGGAGGGAGACCAGUUAAAGGAGCCUGAUCUCUGUUUAACAGACUUCCUCAAGGCAGUGAAGACCAAUAAACCUACAGUCAACCAACAGGAUUUGGAGAAGUUUGUAGAGUUUACGAACGAUUUUGGUUCGGAGGGGAACUGA